AUGGAUGGAAUCAAAUAUGCAGUAUUUACAGACAAAAGUAUUCGGUUAUUGUUGAAAAAUCAAUAUACUUCUAAUGUCGAAUCAGGAUCAACUAGGACAGAAAUAAAGCAUUGGGUCGAACUCUUCUUUGGUGUCAAGGUAAUAGCUAUGAAUAGUCAUCGACUCCCGGGAAAGGGUAGAAGAAUGGGACCUAUUAUGGGACAUACAAUGCAUUACAGACGUAUGAUCAUUACGCUUCAACCGGGUUAUUCUAUUCCACCUGUUAGAAAGAAAAGAACUUAA